CAACUGGACGCUCGCUCCCAGGAUGCGUUCCAUCAUUCAUCGUCUCUUAGGAGGAACCCCUUAGUGCAGACCUCCAGACAAGGCUGCGCGCCUGAUUUUCUGUUACGCUCUCUGUCCCUCGAGGCCCGACGCCGAAUUUCCUAUUCGCUCUCAUUUCUUUUCUCCUCCUCCCCUCCCAGCGAAACACUCCACUCCCGAAGCCGCCAUUUCCCAUCGCCUGAGCGCUUGGGCUCAUAUCGCCGAUCAAUCGAGGGGAUCCCGACACCCCUGAUUCUCGCCGACUCAUCGCACGCCUGUCAACAUGUCGGGCCGGUACGAGCGGAUUAACGCCCAGGACGACGAACCCGAAACACCAACGGCCCCUUUGCCAAGGCCGACAUACCCGAUCCCCAACUCGCCGCCGCCAUCCUUCCGCUCUCGCGCCUCGUCACGAGAACGACAGAAUAGCGUUAACCCCGACCUCGCCGAUGCGUUUGACGCCGAUGGAGACGAGAGCGACGACGAGACGGAUGAUAGGCAGCGCCUAGUCCGCGGCAACUCGACGCCAUCAUUCAACAGCGCGACUCAGGCGGGGGACGCAUCACAAUCAGCGAGCCAGUCUACGCAACCAACACGGCCAGUAGGGGCCGCUCCGACCACGACCAGGGUAUACGGCAGUGGCAUUCAGUCAGAUGGCGUGUUCUCGAACCUGUCCGCGAAACCCGAGACGGGCGAUGCCGAGAAGGAAGAACUGCCUCCGUCCUAUGAACAAGCAGCUGCCGACCAAGCCCCUCCCUACUGGGAGACGACGAUCCUGGCGCCGGGCCUCGGCGGCCCCGACGACGUGUUCAUCGACGGCCUUCCCGUUGGCUCUUUCUUUGGCUUCGUCUGGAACGCCAUGAUCUCGAUGGCCUUUCAAUUCGUCGGUUUCCUCCUCACCUACCUCCUGCACUCGACCCAUGCGGCCAAGAACGGUUCACGUGCCGGUCUGGGCAUCACCCUGAUCCAGUACGGAUUCAUGAUGAAGAGCGCCCCGCCUGGGUCCGGCUCCGGGGGUGGUGCACCCUCCGACAUGGACGGAGAGGGGUACGCGACACCGGUGAAUCCAAACUCACACGACUUCGACGCAGGCGACGUCCAGGGAGGUGACAGUGUCGACGACAUCACGGGGACCGAUUGGGCGGCUUAUAUUUUGAUGAUUGUGGGCUGGUUUAUCCUGAUUCGGGCGGUCAGCGACUACUUGAAGGUGCGGAGGCAUGAACAGCUGGUGUUGCAGAGCCCGGAUCGGGGCCUCGGCGUCCCGAUCAUUGCCACGGGAGAGAACCCUGAGAGAAUGGUGUAGCGGAUGUGCUUGGGUCUUUGGUUUGUUGGCAUUAUCAGUUCGGCGCGAGGGAUACGCAACGGCGUUUGGGUGCCUCGAAGGGGAUGGGAUUGGUUUCAAAGUCAUCAUAAAUCAGGCUCUGCUCAGCCUUUUCACACUCAUAUCGCCGUACAGCAGUUCAUAAUAUCACACCCCAAUGUGACGGUUAGCGUAGAAAUCUCCUGAUUUUUUUUCCCCGAUA